AUGCAAAAUGUUUUGGAACUCAAAACGGAGCUGCAAGAAAAACUGCAUCGAGUUUCGCGGGACUAUGAAAAUCUCAAACAAAAACAUGAAGAGAAAUUCAUACAAACCGAAUUGGAAAUGGCGAAAAUGAAAAAGUUGCAGGAACAAUCCGACUCCGAAAAGCUUAAAUUCGCCAACGAAAAUGAAAAAUUAAAACAAAAGCUUGAAGAAAGCUCCAAGGAAAUAAAACGGGUCUUUGAGGAAAUGUCGGAUUUGCAGAGUCUAUUGGAAAAGAAGUCUCAGGAUAAUCAAGAGUUGAUACAGCGCAUCAAGGAAGUGUCCGAAGAGGCCCAAAAGGAUAAGGAAGACUUGCAAGUGAAAUUGGAACACCUCACCCAAGAAAUUGAAGAGUUGAAGGUUAGCAAAACCAAAAAGACCUCAGAAUCAUCGAAUAGCAGUUCAAAUGGCAAACAAAGUGAAGAUGAAUUUAUUGUGGUCAAUGAAAAGGAUGCCAACUCCUCAUCGUCCGGCACCCCACCCUCCAAGGAGGAGUUAAAAGAUCGUGUGGUGGCCUUGGAGAAUAGGGUCUCAGAAUUAACCCUGGAAAAUGGUAGCCUUUCGUUGAAAUUACAAGACCGUGAAAUGGAAAAGGAUUUGUCGCUGCAGGUCCUAAAAGAUAACUUGAAGUCGAUGCAACAAGAAAAUGAUGAGCUUAAUGAAAAGUUACGCAUGGCUCUCAUCGACUUGGAAGAUCAACAAUUUAAGAUUGCCGAUCUCAAGGAAAAAGCUUCAGAGGCCAUUAUUGCCCAGGAACAGUUGAAAGCUUUGAAUGAAGAGAAAUUGAAAUUUGCCGCGGAAAUAAAGGAGAUGAGGGAAUAUAUGAACAACUCCCUGGAAUUGGAGAAACGUUUGCUGCUGUCCGAACAGGAAAAGGAAGCUUUGCAAUUGGAGCUACAAAGCUCCAAGGGGGCAAUGGACAGAAUUAAUGCCCUGGAACAAAAAAUACAAAAGCUCACCUAUGAAAAUCAACAGCUGCAAUUGAAUGCCGAGGCAGAAACUGAGACCUUGAAUAAUAGUGCGGAACUUGAGCAAAAGCUCAAGGAGCUUAAUGAGGAAAAUAACCAAUUAAAAACGGAAUUGGAACAGAGGAGCGGAAACAACAACAAAAAACAACAAUGUGUUACCGAUUUAGAUGAUGAAGAAGGUGCGGGAGAUGAUGGUGGUGAUGAUGGCGAUGACGACAGCUUUUCUGUGGAGAAACUUAAAACUCUACUCAAAGCUUUCUCUUCUUCCUCGGCGGAUUUAGAAAAUUUAAAUCUCCAGGAAUAUGAGCUUUUCUAUAAAAAUCUCAAAGAGAGGCUGAAUAAAAUCGACACCCUCCAACGGGAUCUGAAUCACAUGUCCGCCGAAGUUAUGGAUUUGCAGGAUAGCAAAUUAAUGUGGGAUCAUGAAAAGAAAACUUUGGAAGCUGAUAUCUCCCAGUAUAUUCUGCAAUGCGAUGAGCUAAUGAAAAACAACGAAAUACUCUUGAACGAAUUGGAGAACUACAAACGAAAUAAACUCGAAACGAUCCAUGAAAAUAACGAAGAGAAUGUUAUGCAGUUGGAGACCCAAUUGGAUGAGUGCACGAAGCUUAAUCGUACCCUGGAACAGGAAUAUAUGGAACUGAAUGAGAAAAUUGAAGAGCUAGAGAAGGAAAAUCAAACCCUAAAUGAAAAGCUAAGGGACACCCAGCAGCAAUAUGAGUCCCUUACCACAAGGGAAAAAGAUCUGAAUCUCCAGGUGGAGACUUUGGAAUUGGAGAAAUGUAAUUUGUUACUCAAGUUCAAUGAAUUUGAUUCCAAGGCCCAGGACAAGGAGGAGGAUAAUCAGAAACUACAAGAAUUCCAAGAAAAAUGCCUCAGUUUGGAACAACAAUUAUCCAGCCUGGCCAAGGAUCAUGCGGAUUUGGUGAAUGCCAUGCAAAAACAAAAGGAAAGUUUGCAGGAAAAUAUCCAAGCCAAGGAGGAGGCUGAGAAACAGCUGAGACUUCAGGAAAUUGCCCUGGAAAAGCAAAGAGAAAAAGAAAAAUCAACCCUAGAAGAAUUACAACAAAAACUCUCCACCUCCCAAACGCAGGCCCAAAACUAUCAACAAGAACUGAUGGCCAAAAAUAUUGUCUGCGAAAGUCUACAACAGGAAAUAAAAGUUCUACAAUCGUAUGUCAAAAAUGCCGAAUCCAUUGCCAAUGAAAAAGCCUUACUCGAGGAACAACUCAACGAAAAACAACAGGCCAUUCAGGAGCUGCAAACCGAACUUAAAUCACUACAAGAAAAACAGGAUGUCUUAAUAAAAGAUUUGGAGGAACACGAAAAAUCUAAGGCAACUGAGGACAAAUCCCUUGAAAAUAUACAAAAAAUAGCUGAGCUCGAAACCAAACUCCUGGCCACGGCGGAUUUACAAAAAUCCCUGGAAACCCUGCAAUUUGAAAAACAGGAACUCAUUAAAGCUCUACAACAAAAACAUGCCGAAAAUAUGCAAUACUACACGGAAAUACAAAGGUUAACCCCUCUCGCGCAGCAGCAACAAUCGGAAACUGCGGAGCCACCAUCCACUGAAAGCAAAAAACCCUGUUAUAAAUGUCCUGAAUUGGAAUCAACAAUAGCUGAACUGAAAAAACAACAAGAAAAAUUCCAGGAUCAAAUCAAUUUCCUUAAAGAAAAAUCCGAUAUUUUAACUACCAACCUGUUGACGGAACAAACCAAUCAAAAAUUGAUUCAAGAAGAAAAGGCCGAUGUUUUGGAACAAAAUGCCACUCUACGCAAAGAUGUUGAACGUUUAAGGGCCCACUUAUUGGAAAUUGAGGAUAUGCAUACCCAGGAAUCCGUGGAAAUGCAAAGGGAGCUGGAUGAAACUAAGGCUCGCAUGCAGCAGCUGGAAAUUGAAGUUUCCAAAUCCAGUAAUGCCUAUACAUCGGCAAGCAUUCGUGCCAAUCAACAUGCCGAAACUUUGCAGGCCCAAUAUGCCCUGGUAAUACAACAACGUGAUGAAUUACUACACAAACUAUCACUGGCCGAAGAUCGGGAAUCGAAAAAUCAAGCUGCCUUGACAAAUUUACAAUGUGCCCUGGAACAGUUUCAGAAUGACAAAGAAAACGACAUCAAAUCGGCCACCUUGCGUAUACGCAAAGAGCUGCAACAGCAUUUGGACAAAGAAUCCCAAUUACAAAUGGAAAUCCAACAAUUGCAGCAACAAUUGUCGGAUGCCACUCAGGGCUUAAAUGCUGCUGCCCGCUUGUCCGAUCAAUUGGAGUCUUGCCAACAGACCAUACAGGCUCUAAGGGAAGAGGUCGAUUCCCUGAAACAACAAAAUACCGGAUUGGAAAAGAAACUAUCUACGGCCGAAGCUAGUCAAUCGGAUAAAAUUGAAAAGACGCUAAUCAAGAGUCUGUUAAUUGGCUAUGUGGUCAGUACAAAUCCAAAUGAUAAACAGCAAAUAUUGCGUAUGAUAUCCUCGGUAUUGGAUUUCAAUCAGAGUGAAACCGAUAAGGUGGGACUUAAUAAGCAACAUGGUGGCUGGUUGGGUUCGUUGCUUGGAGGAGGCGGUAGCGGUGGUAGUGCGGCAGGUUCCCAUUCCAAAGAAAAUCUGGUACAGGCCUUUGUACAAUUCCUUGAACAGGAAUCUCAGCCACAAUCACAGCGCCAGCAAAUGCCCAAUUUGUUAAAUAUACAACAUUCCACAGCGCCCGGCGCCACAGCGUCGACAUCAAGACGUUCAUCACAAAUAACAAAUCCAAUUGCACCACAACAACCGCAGCAGCAAGUGGCAACAACGGCAUCUGCAUCACCCAGUUCUAGCACUACAGCAGCAGCACCUCACACCCCCGUGCCCAUACAACCUCUAUUACUUUCUUCAACGGUUUUAGAUGAAUUCUCUCCCUCGCGUAAUUCAAGUUCCAUACUAAAGGAUAUCUUAAGCGAUUCUUGAUUAUUGUAAU